AUGUCCGACCAAGUGCCGCUCGAAAUGCAAAAUACAUUUAACCAGAGUGGAGAUAAUAGUUAUCUACUGGCACAAAGCUCUAAUUUAUCCCAACCACAGUACUUUCAGCAGCCCAACCACCAAGACCAGAGGUACCAGGGUCAUGAAGGCUCUUACACUCAAAUCCACGGUCAAGACCAUAGCCUGGGUCAGGAUGUGAGUCACAGUCAUAAUCAACAAGGUCAAAUUAGAUACCAAAAUGAAUCAACCCCACAAACCCAUUCAGACAAUCAGAAUAAUCAGAGCCACCACCUCGACAACAAUUACGACCAAAGCAGCCAGCCACUGCCGAACUAUUAUCCUCCAAAAUAUCCUAUGACAUUCAAUUCCGCAAAUAAUACCCAAGUGACCGAUAAAUUGGUGCUGAUGGAAUUUGACGCCGAACUGCUCCGAACCCUUAGCAGUCUGCUCGAUAACAUAGCAAAGCCUGGAUUAUCGGAGGAGGAAACCAAUGCCAGAGCGGAAGUAGACUCACGCUCUGUUUACAUUGGAAACGUUGACUAUGGGGCCACUCCUUUGGAGUUACAGCAACAUUUCGCUGGUAGUGGAGUAGUGGAACGCGUCACUAUCAUGACCAACAAAGUCACGGGCCACCCCAAAGGGUUCGCUUAUUUGGAGUUCUCACUGUCGGAGGGUGCUAGACAGGCAGUUGCUACGCUAGAUGGCAGCAUGUUUCGGGAUAGAGAACUCAAGGUUAACCUAAAACGUACAAAUGUUCCAGGCAUUUCCACUACCAAUAGAGGUGUUCCGAGAGGACGUGGGCGAGGACGUGGUAUGAUGCGUGGAAGAGGAAGGGCAGGCUUUCGUGGGCGAGGUUUCCGGGGCCAAAGCAGGUUUCUGCCGUAUUAA